CGUCGGCUCCCGGAAGAGGCGCUGCGGCAUGAUUUGGCUGUUUUGCGCUUGCCGUUACUUUCAGUUUCAGUACUCUGCUUUCUACGCCUGAGCGUUUCUUUUUCUUUGCCUUGGGACGGUUAUUUUAGCCUCAGAGAAUGAGUUACGACCGAGCCAUCACGGUCUUUUCCCCGGACGGUCACCUGUUCCAGGUGGAAUACGCUCAGGAGGCGGUGAAGAAGGGAUCCACCGCAGUCGGAGUUAGAGGUAAAAACAUCGUUGUGCUUGGAGUGGAGAAGAAGUCAAUGGCCAAGCUGCAAGAUGACAGGACUGUCCGGAAGAUCUGUGCCUUGGAUGACAAUGUUUUCAUGGCCUUUGCAGGGCUCACAGCCGACGCCAGGAUUGUUAUAAACAGGGCCCGGGUGGAGUGUCAGAGCCAUAGGCUGACAGUGGAGGACCCUGUCACUGUCGAGUACAUUACACGCUACAUUUCCAGCCUCAAGCAGCGUUACACUCAGAGCAAUGGGCGCAGGCCUUUUGGGAUUUCGUCCCUCAUUGUGGGUUUCGACUUUGACGGAACACCGAGGCUCUACCAGACUGACCCAUCAGGAACAUACCACGCAUGGAAGGCAAAUGCUAUUGGAAGAGCUGCAAAGACCGUCAGGGAAUUUUUAGAAAAGAACUACAAAGAUGAAGACAUGGAAUCAGAUAAGGAAACCGUGAAACUUGUAAUCCGAGCUCUUCUUGAGGUUGUCCAGUCUGGAGGCAAGAACAUUGAACUAGCUGUUAUGAGACGUGAUGAACCACUAAAGAUUUUAGAUCAAGAGGAAAUAGAAAAGUACGUCUCAGAAAUAGAGAAAGAAAAAGAAGAAACCGAAAAGCAAAAGAAGAAGACCUAAGACAGAACCCUUUUAUUUUUCUAUAAAAUGUCAAAGCCACAAUAUGGUUUUAUGAAUAAUGAUUUUUCAAACCUGCAAUAAAAUGUGUACAAAAUGGA